AUGCAGCACAUCGUUGUAGACGCCGAGGAUACCAAGCUGUCCUACAUCGACAGCGGAGUCCCUCAUCAAGCCACGGAUGGGUACAAGACCAUUUUUGCCGUGCACGGGACGGUAUUCACCAGUCCCAUUUUUGAGAAGGUCAUGGCUCUCGCACAGGGCUCCAACAUACGCAUCGUCGCCGUGAAUCGCCGCGACUAUCCAGGCUCCACGCCACUCACCACAGAGGACACAGCCAUCUUGGCCUCCGGCAGUGACGAGCAGAAGGCCGCAUUCCUCAAGGCUCGAGGCGUUGAGGUGGCGACAUUCAUCGACCUCUUCGUCGAGCGCAACGGGGUACCACCCAUCUCCCCAGACGGACACACUGGGGGAUUUGCGCUCCUAGGCUGGUCCCUUGGCAAUGCCAUCGCUCUGUCAGCCGUCGCCAAUGUCGAAUCUCUUCCGCCUGCCGCUCAGGAUCGCUGGACAUCUGGUAUGCGGGCGCUGAUCCUGCAUGAGCCACUGACAGUGGCCAUAGGCUCGCCCCUCCCGCCGAAGGUCUGGUCUCCCCAGAUUGACCAGACUAUCCCCGAAGAGCUCCGCGGUCCAUUCUUCACCCAAUGGAUUACCUCCUACUUCAAGCACGGCGACCUCUCCACGCGAUCCCUAGACGUGCUCUCUUACAUCGUCCCAACGACUUUGCGGGUACCCUCGAUCUUCAGUAUGACCGAGGAGGAGCAGGCCAAGAUCGUGUACAUGCCUCCCGGGUCUGCAUCGGACAUGCUCUUCAUGGUGUUCUCGGCCGCACAGAUCAACGCGAGUUACAAGAGGGCAUGCUUCGACGCGGGCGUCCGUGCACGGCUCCCGCGGAUGAAGAUAUGCGCGUUCACGGGAGACGCGACGUGCGUGUUUUCGCUGCCUGCGCACUGGGCCAUGCAGGACGACGACAAGGCGCGCGGGGGAGGCUUCAUCGAUUUCAAGAUGGUGGAAGGCGCGAACCACUUCCUACAGUGGGAUAGUCCGGAGCUGGCGUUGGAGACAUACCGCGCAGCUAUGUAG